UGAAUUAAAUGUGUUCGUUCGUCCCUUUUAGUAAAGGAGGGAAAGCUUUCAUAGAUGUAUUGUUGCCACGACUAAACCCCAAAAAUAUGAAUGGAGGGCCCUGUAUGCCAUUUGAGCUUGAGGUUGUUGAAGCGGCACUGCUUUCACGAAUACAGCGACUGGAGCAGAGGCUAAUGGAUUUAGAACCUCGUGUGAGUAUGGAAACAUAGUUCAAGCUUUGCUUGAAGUUUUGCCUAACCGCUUAACUGGAGAUAUAUUGGAGCAACUUCGAAUUAGCAAGCAAACCUUGGUUGAAUUGGGUUCAAGAGCAGGGGCGCUUGGGCAAAUGCUACUUGAUCUUUUGGAAGACCCACAUGAAAUACGACGUAUAUGCAUUAUGGGGAGAGACUGUACUCUUAGGAAGGGAAAUGAUGACAUGGAAUGUUCUGUUCCCUCAGAAAAGCAAAUUGCUGAGGAAGAGGAGGAAGAAAUUGAGAUGCUUCUGGAAAAUUAUCUUCAAAGAUGUGAAUCUUGUCAUGGUCAUGCAGAAAGGCUUCUUGAUUCUGCAAAAGAAAUGGAGGAUUCCAUUGCUGUUAAUUUAAGUGCUCGGCGGCUUGAGGUCAGCAGAGUGGAAUUACUUCUUCAGGUUGGGGCAUUUUGUGUGGCAGUUGGUGCACUAAUUGCAGGUAUCUUUGGCAUGAACUUAAAGUCCUAUCUUGAAGAACAUGUGGUAUGUUUUUCUAUGAAAAUUUUAACUCAUUUAAAUUUUACCAUUCAGUUCCUCCUCAAGGUUCCGUCCCUUGCUUACUCCAAUUCACUGUUUUUUAUGAUUAUUAUUGUUGUUAUUAUUAUUAUUAUUAUUAUUAUUACUAUUACUUUUUGAUAUUAGGGGUGGGAUCUGAACCCAUCUCUUUUGGAUGGGGGGACAUGCACUCUAUUGAUUAAGCUACAAGCUCAAGUGCUGCUAAUUCACUGUUUUGUUCAAUUGCAAUGCAGUUCGCUUUUUGGCUAACAACAGCGGGGAUAAUUUUUGGUGCUGUUGUGGCAUUUUUUCUUACGUACUCCUAUCUUAAGACUAGAAAAAUUCUGUAACUAAGGAGAUGAUCCAAGUUUAGGUAAGGCUUCUUUUCCAAAGACUUGGUAGCAUUACCGUGCACUUGUAUUGAUAUCAAAAAAGUGGCCACUGAUCACGGAGCUCAAAGUUGGGUGGUUCCCACUCCAUCAAUGGUCAUGACUGCAAAUUCGUUUUCAUAUAUCAAGCUACCUUGGUUACUUAUCAAACACAUUGAUUAUUUCAGGCAUUUAUGGUUUCAUUCCAGGAGUUCAAUCACAAGAUUGAAAUGGAGGAGUCAUCAGAUGAAUACCUCACUUCAGUUAAUAAAGUUCUAUCUUCUGCAGCAAAGGACCUCUGUUACACUAGGCGGGCACACGACGACCCCGUAAUUAUUAAGUGCUUCACAACCGGUGCGUGCUUCACAACCAGUGCUUGGAUUUUAUUGAUAAACUGUUCUUGUUGUAUAGAUAGUCCCACUUGAUUCUACAAAGAUUGCGUUACCAUGCUAAAUUCGAUUUUUCCGAGUACGUUCCCUUUAUAAAAUAAAUAGUGCCAUUUAAU